AUGAAGUUUGUCGUACUGUGCUUUCUAUGGGCUAUCACUAUUACUACAUCAGAACAGUUUACAACGUAUGCACGUGCCAUGAAUCAUGUUGGCAUAUCUGUGACUGACAUUGAUGCUGUGUUGGCUUGGUAUCAUGAUGUACUUGGCUUCACAGUACUAAUCGCGCCAGUCGAGAUUGCUGUUAACAAUUCAACCCCGAUGGGGAGUCUUCUUUCUCAAAUGUAUCCACCCGAGAUGAAACGUGUUAAAAUGGCUCACAUGAGUUCAGGUAAUGGUGUUGGCUUGGAACUUUUUCAAUUUAUUGAUCCACCAACACGACGUCCAAACACGACCAGUUUUGAAUAUUCUCGUGCCGGAUUGUUUCACAUUUGUGUGACAGAUCCUGAACCUGAAAAUUUGGUUCGUAGGAUUGUAGAGACAGGUGGAAAACAGAUAAGUCCUGUUUUAACAGUAUUUCCUGGUGAGAUUUAUCAAGCAGUCUAUACUCUUGAUCCAUUUGGAAAUCUUGUCGAAAUCAUGGCCACUUCUUACGAGCGCCAGAUGAGUAAUCGAGAUCCUAAUGUGACAAGUCAAAUUAGUGAUCCCACGAUCACAUCUCGUCCAUCAAAAUCACAACAAUUAUCAACCAGCAGUGUGCUACAGAAGAUUAUUGCCAAAAACUAG